CGUGUGUGUGUGUGUGUGUUAUUAGGUGUCUGCAGUUCUAAUAAAGGAAAGCGCUGUGUCCUUCUCUGCCUCAUCAGAUGGCUUCGCUCUGCUUUGUCUGGCUGUGUGAUUUCUGUCUGUGUGCGCGCUGGUCCUGCCGUGGAGCCGGAUGGCUGGCAGCCUCUGGAUCAUCUGGAGAGGGAAAGGACCUCGUCUGUGCCUUUAGGAUUUUUUUCCCCAUUUCAACAAGUGUCGUUCAGCUCGAGUUUCCAGGAGGUUGGGAAACUUAAGAAGAUGUUUGCGUGUUUAUUUGACCUGGUGUAAAGAGUUUAUAUAUAAGACGGAGGUUGUGCGUACGUGUGUGCAUAUGGUUUUGCCAACGCCGUUGGAAAUGCUGGGGUGUCCAGCAAGGUUAUUUUUGGAUCAGUGACAGAGUGUCAAUGGCUGCAGAUGCGUCGCAAAGGAAGGCUCUGAGAUACCAGCAGACCCUGCUGUACGGAGAGUACAGGGAGCAACUGGGAAACUUUGCCAGACGGGAGGCUGCCCGUCUGCUGACAGAGAGACAAUGCAGAAAGCAAGCGGGGGACAGCACGCCGGGCCGCAGAGGCCACAGCCGGCGGCAUCAUCAUCAUCAGGGGGUGACCCUGGAGUCACAUCAAAGUCAUACCUCUUCCAUAAAGAAGCCUCGUCCCUACUCCAAAUGCCAAGAUUGUUUGGCUCGUGUACGGCGGUACAUUGUGACAAAGUUGGGGGAGGACUGGAUUUUUUUGGUUCUGCUGGGGCUGACCAUGGCUCUGGUCAGCUGGAGUAUGGACUACGCCAGUGCCAAGAGCCUACAAGCUUACAAAUGGAUUUAUGUGGAGCUUAAGGACAAGGUUCUACUCCAGUACCUGGCCUGGGUCACAUAUCCUAUGAUCCUCGUUGUGUUCGCCUCGCUCUUUUGUCAUCUUGUUUCCCCGCAGGCCAUCGGUUCUGGAAUCCCAGAGCUGAAAACCAUCCUCAGAGGUGUAGUCCUAAAGGAGUAUCUGACCCUCAAAGCUUUCGUAGCUAAAGUCGUUGGUCUGACUGCUGGCCUGGGCAGUGGGAUGCCAGUGGGCAAAGAGGGUCCUUUUGUCCACAUUGCCAGCAUCUGUGCAGCAGUGCUGAGUCGGUUCAUGUCAAUCUUCUCUGGAGUCUACGAGAACCCUUAUGGUUACACAGACAUACUGACUGUUGGCUGUGCCGUGGGGGUGGGAUGCUGUUUCGGCACUCCACUUGGAGGGGUGCUGUUCAGUAUUGAGGUCACGUCUACCUACUUUGCUGUGAGGAAUUACUGGCGGGGCUACUUUGCUGCCACAUUCAGCGCCUUCAUAUUCAGGGUGCUCUCUGUUUGGAAUAAGGAUGCUGUCACGAUCACAGCUCUGUUCAAGACUAACUUCCGGAUGGAUUUCCCCUUUGACCUGCAGGAGCUGCCUGCAUUUGCAGUAAUAGGGAUCUCGUGCGGCUUCCUGGGAGCGUUCUUUGUUUACCUGAACAGGCAGGUAGUUCUCUUCAUGAGAAGACCAACGGCUCUGACACGUUUUCUAACCAAACAUCGUUUGAUCUAUCCAGGCGCAGUGACACUCAUCAUCGCCACCUUCACAUUUCCUCCCGGUUUUGGGCAGUUUAUGGCCGCAGAGCUGAUGCCCAGAGAGUGUAUCAAUUCCCUCUUCGAUAAUUUCACCUGGACUAAAAUCUCAGGCUACCCUGCUCCUCCUGGCCUCGGGCGCUCCUCCGCAUGGCUUCAUCCUCGUGUCAGCGUCUUUGUCAUCCUCCUCCUCUUCUUUGUCAUGAAGUUCUGGAUGUCAGCAGUUUCCACCACAAUGCCCAUUCCCUCUGGCGCCUUUAUGCCAGUGUUCAUAUUAGGAGCUGCUUUCGGUCGCCUGGUCGGCGAGAUCAUGGCCACUCUUUUCCCAAAUGGAAUACUGUUUGAUGGAAUAGUCUAUCGGAUUCUCCCGGGGGGCUACGCUGUCAUCGGUGCGGCAGCCAUGACAGGUGCAGUCACUCAUACUGUUUCCACGGCAGUAAUCUGCUUCGAGCUGACUGGCCAAAUCUCACACAUCCUACCCAUGAUGGUAGCGGUCAUCCUUGCCAACAUGGUGGCCCAGGGUCUGCAGCCCUCCCUGUACGACUCCAUCAUCCAGGUGAAGAAGCUGCCCUACCUGCCUGAGCUGGCACUCGGGCACAUCAGCAAAUAUAACAUCUUUGUUGAGGACAUCAUGGUGCGCAAAGUCAAAUUCUUGUCCUCACAAUCCACCUUUCGGGAGUUAAACCACCUGCUCGAGACAACAACCCUAAAAACCAUCCCGCUGGUGGACUCUAAAGAAUCCAUGAUCCUGCUCGGCUCCAUCGAGAGGACAGAGCUUCAGGCUCUCUUAGACUGGUGGCUCUCACCAGAAAGGCGAGUGUUUGAAAGAGGUCAGAGUUCACCCGGCCAGGGCUCCAAAGUCAGCUGGGAGUCUUUCACCUUUGUGGAUGAGGAGGGAGAAGAAAGUGUCAACAAGACUACCACUCUUGUGCAAGAGGAAAGUAAUGGACCCAUCCCAUCCGCGAUGCCCCAGGAGGCCUCCACCAAUCACACAGACUCAGACAAACGCACGCUACCGUCUGUCAGGAGGGCUCUUCAGAGACUCUUCUCCUCGACGUCUUCAUCAGGCCAAAACGAAACUCAGGUACUCAAGAUCACCCUCACACUAACACAUCACUCUGAGGCCAAAAGCUCGAAGGAGCAGGCAUCACUGAUCGGCUGGCAGGAAGCCACGCUGCCUCCUGUGACUGAUACUAUGUCCCCAGAGGAGAUCAAAGCCUGGGAGGAGGAAGAGCUGGAUAAACCGAUCGAUAUGGAGCAGAUACGCAUAGAUCCCUCCCCAUUUCAGCUGGUGGAAAGAACCUCUCUGCACAAGACCCACACUCUGUUCUCCCUGCUGGGUCUCAGUCACGCCUAUGUCACCAGCAUUGGAAAGCUGGUGGGUGUAGUGGCACUGAAAGAGCUACAGAAGGCGAUAGAGGGAUCGACUCGAAGCGGCGUGAGGCUCCGUCCCCCUCUGGCCAGUUUCAGAGACGCCAGCCGGAAAACAAAGAAGCACCAGCCUCCCUCAUCCACCGCCUCCUCGCCCACGCGGGACAGAGACCUGUGGGGGGAGGGGAGCAGAAGGGAGGGGGAGCUGGUUAAGAGGGAGCACAGGGAGGAUUCCCGAGGGCAGGCGCCGUCUUUCCGAGGAGUUUCCGAGUCUGACACGGCCCCCUCCUCCCCGGGCAGCGCGGCCGGCGUCCCCGCCUCCACCAGAGGAGCCGAGGGCCCGGAACAGGAAGCAGCGUCCCCCUCCACCUCCUCCCCCGUGUCACCUUCACCUCCCACCUCCCACGCCAGCCCCGUCCUCACCAUGUCCUCCCUGCAGGAGGAGAGGGAGAGCGAGGAGUCAGAUGAGCCCAUAUAGACGGAGCAGGCUUCAGGGGGAAAAAGACUUUGGCCUGGCUUCGAUUUCUAGUUGGGCCCAGAGACAGUGCUUCAGUCUGGGCCAUAGAGUCGAGCCUCUCUGACAUUAAGCUCUCCACCAGAAGGACGAGCUGGUGCACACUAAGCUCUUGAAACUUGUAGAACAGGAUACUUUUUUUUUUUUUUCUACUCUGACAACAGCCUAACUUUUUCACUCUUUUCAAACUCAGGUGCCUUUCUGUGUUUUGUGAACUGCAGAUAGUUAUGUUCAGCCCCACAUAUUACCGCUGUUCCUCCUCCAUUCACACCUAGCAAUGGUUAGAAGUAGCCGACCGCUGUCUGUAUCCAUAUCUGUUCAUUUUAUGAAGAAGAGGUGAGCUACGGACAACCGCCAACAAUGACCUGUAUGAUGCUGAAAUAAUAUAUUCAAGAAAACGUCAUUAAUCUGGCCUGAAGGUCAUAAAGAUCACACUUUUAAAGUUUACUGAUUUGGUUCAUUUUGAUUUAGAUUUAAUCAAUCUUUCCCUGUAAACACUGAAAUCAUUAUAAGCAGUUUGUAAUUUUUAAAAAUAAUAAAACCUAAAACUGUCCACUAACUCAUUUGAAUUGUUUAAAGUUCACAUCUUAAUGUCUUAGUUAGACAAAAUCUUCAAACGAUCAUCAGUGGAAAGUUACCUGUGUCUAACUGUAUGAUGCUUCUUGUACAGUCAUGAGGUACGUGCUUUUUCCAUUUUAACAACUUUCCAUUCCUGCUUUUUUAGAUUUUUACAGCAAUAUGUUACUGUUUGCACAGUUUUGCUAAAGUACUCAGUUUGAGUAUUUCAAACACAUUUUCCUCAAAAUAAAAAAAACUAUCUUAUGCUGUUCCAUGCUCAGAUAUAAGUGUAACCAUCCCACACUCUAUUAAGCUGUAACAGUUACUCCUUUAAGGACUUUGAAUACUGCCAGCAUAUCAUGCUUCACUACCAAUAUUUCUGAUAAUGUGUAUGGAUUUUGAAUAUAAGCUAUUUCUAUAAGUAAGUGGACAUGUUGCAUGACUUAAAAUGUGGGUACAUUUGGAUGAUAAAGGCAGUUUGUAGAGGAGCAUUUUCAGACUGAGAUAACAGUGCUGUUGAUAUUUGUCUCACUGUGUCCAAUCGACACAUAAUAGCAAAAUACUGCCGUGCUUUCCUCUGAAAAAGAGGUGUUGAUGCUCGUCAGGCUGGAAAAGGUUAUGAAUUGUAACGAGUCUUGCCCUGUCAAAUAUGACAAAGAUUAUGCUCAGGUAUUGAUUCAGUGAGAUUACUAUUAUUUUAGGGUAAUUUCUUUCAUUCUGUCUCCCAUUAGACAAAAGCCCC